AUGGGUUGCUGCCACAGCCAGCUGGAGACAAAGACUCCAGAAGCAGGGCCUACUCUGCUGCAAGCUCGACGUCGUGUAGAGGGGCUUCCCUCAUGCCGGCCUCCAGCCAAAUCAGAGUUGGAGGAAUGCUUGCAAGAUCCUGACUUCGUCUUGGAGCGAUGCGAUCUGGAUGGUUCUGGUACUCUGGAUGAGCAUGAGCUGAAGCAGGCAUUUGCAGCCUUUGGCUUGAAGCCAAGCGCUGAGAGGCUGAGGCAAUCCAUGGCAGGGUUGAAUGAGAUCGACAAGCCGACCUUCCGAGACCUGGUGUCCAAGCUGCAGGAGGAGCUGCCAUCCGACAUGAGAUGCCGUCGAGCUGUUCCACAUUCGCUGCGAGGUAUGUCACUGCAGCAGCUGCAGAUGCUAGAGGAGCUUUACCUGCGUUCUGGCUGGUUGCAGCGGCAGUGUGAUACCUACAACCAGCAACAUGCUGCCGAAAUCGCAAGUGAACAGCCGGGCUUUUUCAAGCAAGGCCCCAACUUGUAUGCAGUUGAUGUGUACAUCGUGACACCUCUAUCAAAGCCUGCACAGGCAGGGGAGUGCCCUGCUCGUCGGCAUGAUCGCAGGAACCGAAUCCCAAAGGCGAGGGCCCAGUCUUCCUUCUCAGAGCUCUUGAACCCGCAUGGGUGCCGUGUGCACUUUUUCGUUUCGCAUUUCUGGGGGCAUCUUUUCCAGACAACCAUGGCAGCGCUCACCGCAUGGGCUGAUGCACAGGGGGAGCUGAUGAAUGUUGCAGCCUCCAUGGACAUUGUCUAUUGGAUUUGCCUUUUCGCUGUAAACCAACACAAUGCAGCAGAGGAGGUGGGUGACGUUCCCAUGCGUGGUCCUUUUAAUGCUGCCCUUUCACAGGCCAAAGGGGGGGCCGUCAUGGUGUUGGAUCAGAACGCUGAGCCAUUCAAAAGAAUUUGGUGUUUGUUCGAGGUACAUCGGCUUCAUAAGCUGGACUGCCCCUUUGAGUUGAUCACCGAAUGGGGCUCCUUGAGCAGCGUUGCACAGACGGCAUCAAGUACUGGGCCGCAAGCGCUGGAGAACAUGCUGGAGACUACUGCUGAAGCCAUUUGGGCCUCGUCAGCUCUAACAGCACGAGCCAGUGUGGUGGAGGAUAAGCACAGGAUUUGGCAUGCUAUUUGCGAUGAGACGUUGAGGAACAUGCCCCUGCAAGAAAUGCUCAGAGAGCACAACUCUAUACAAGAAAUGAGCUCCUUAUCAGGAAACCCUUCGGGUUGCGUUCGGCAUUUCGGUGAUUUUGAUUCCCGUGUUCAUGGGAUACUUGCAACUCCGUUGCUGGAAAUCUCUAUUCAGUCAGGCAAUUGGGGACAGGCAAUUCGUUGCAUUGCCCAAGGGGCCCGUUUUGGUCGGGAGCAGCUUUGGGCCCUGCGCCGGCUGAUGCUGCAAGAGCAUCAGGCCCAGGCUAGCAGCUCCCAGAACGUGGUCGCGUGCAUCUUAGAACUGCAAAGUUUCUGGUUGCAUGUCGCUGCGAACAGCAACUAUGUUGCUGAGGCUGCUUUGCUUCUUCAGGAAGGUGCAGAUGUGAAUUAUGCUGAGUCAGAGCAUGGCUUAACUCCUCUCUUGUAUUCUGCACAGCAUGGCAGUGUUGAAAUGGUGAAUUUGCUCCUGAGUGCUAGAGCCAAUAUUAACCAGCGCAAUAACCAUCGCUGCACUCCCCUAAUGCUUGCUGCAAAGAGUGGGCACUGCUCUUUGGUGCAGCUGUUGUGGGAGGCGUCUGCCAGCGUGGUACCAGCAGAUAUAUGGGGCAAAACGGCUCUGAGAGAGGCUGUUAUGAGAGGUCACGACUCGGUCGUCAGGCUUCUGCUUCCUGCAGCCAUUGGCCGGGAUCGGCUUCCCAUUCUACUUGGUGUGGCUGCGUGCAAAGGAAAUGCUUCCGUAGUGAGGACUCUGCUAGAGGCAUGUGCUGCAGUCAAUUACCGGAACCCUAAAGUAGAUGGAAACACGGGUCUCAUUUAUGCUGCAGAAGGAGGCUUUGCCAGUGUGUGCUCCAUGCUUCUUGACGGCAGAGCCGACAUUGCCCUUGGCAAUGCUCAAGGUCGGACUCCUCUCAUGCAAGCAGCCGCAAAAGGCCACCUCUCCACAAUCAGGCUGCUGCUGGACAGACGAGCAGAGAUUGCUCAAACCGAUGCCUGCCGCCAGACCUGCAUGACGUACGCUCUCCACCAUGGCCAAGAUGCUGUUGCUGCGUUGCUAAUUGAUGCCGGAGCUGAUCCGACAUCAUCUGCCAACCUGUUGGCUCCUCCUUCAAACUUUGAGGCUCAAUUUAUCAUAACACAGCUUCUCCUAUCGAUGGCGAUGCAGCUUCUACCUUUCGACAGGUUUGCCGUGGAGAGAGAGGCGCGAUGGGGCUUUACAUGUCUCAUAGCCGCAGCAAUACAAGGAGAACAGGGGUUGGCCAUCGCUUUACUGGAGCACGCGGCUAAUGUGGAGAUUGCUGCUUAUGAUGGCCAGACACCCCUAAUCCAUGCAGUGAAUCAAGGCCGGUCAGAAUUUGUGCAGCUGCUACUCCAAGCCAAUGCCAACACUGCAACGCCUGACUGCAAGGGUGUGACGCCCUUGAUGGCAGCAUGUGAAAUCGGCAACAGUGAGGUGGCAGGAUUGCUUCUUGAAGCCCGCGCAGAUGUGCAGGCAAUUGACAUGAAGGGUGAGACCGCGCUACACCUUGCAUCGAGGAAGGGAUGGCAAGCUGUAGUUGAGCUUCUGGUCUCAGCCAGUGCAGAUCUCGAAGCAACAGAUGAUGAGUCGGCAUUUACCAGCCUCAUGAUGGCCGCAAGCGGAGGCCAGCUCGCCACCGUUCAGACUCUCAUUGACAGUGGCGCCAGCGUAAACAGGGCUGACUCUGAGAAAUGGACUGCUCUCAUGAUGGCCGCAACAGGUGGACACACGCAGGUUGUUGAAACCUUGCUCAGAGCGCGAGCCUCUGUGUGCGCGCAAAACAUACAUGGCGUAGCAGCUUUGGCCCUGGCCACACAUCACCCGGCCACCAGCGAAGUGCUCCUAGCAGCACAGGCAGAUGUGAACUCCAGCAGCUAUGUAGAUGGCGAAACUCCACUUAUGAACGCAGUUGAAAGAGGCUGUGAGAGAACGGCCCGGCUGUUAGUUGAAGCAAGGGCCGAUGUGGCACAAGCCAACAAAUGCGGUCGGACAGCACUUGGCUAUGCAACAGACGACCAGAUUCGAGCUCUGCUUGAAGCCCAGCUGAAUGAUGACCUCUACUUCUCUAUAUGA